UUGGAGCUCUCUAACAGGAUGGAACCUCAGGUAGGGGAGGAGACGCCUCCAAACGGAGGCCGAACCGAUAGUCGCCUAAAGAGCAAGAAACCGCCCAGCCUUACGAUAUCCAUCCCUCCACCGGAAGACCACAUUAAACAGCCACUACGACCAUCUCUGAAAAAAAGCGUGACUCGUCAAACUACUGAUUCUACAUCGGAAAGUGUCAGCGGAGCGGGAGAUGGAGACGCGUCAGCCAGAGACAGAAGAGCAAAGUUUGGGAGACAGACAUCGCUCUCACAAAGCAUCAAAAAGAAUACAGCCCAGUGGUUCGGGGUGGGUGAGGACUGUGAGACAAAGCAGCAGGUAUGGCACAGGAAGAGCCUGCGCCACUGCAGCCAGCGCUACGGCAAGCUGAAGGCCCAAUAUAGAGAGCCUGACACGGCCACCAGCAUGGACUUUAGUAUGGACUCACCAGCCGCCCAGAAGAUGCCCAAGAUUGUAGACCCUCUCGCUCGAGGACGAGCCUUCCGUUGUCCAGACGAUGUUGAUGGCCGCUCCCCCAGAACACCCCAUACCAUACAGGGGGUUCCUUACACCCCAGGGAUCACGUCCCUCAGCUCUUUCACCAGCCAGCGCUCCGGAUACAGCCGCUUUCCGAGAAGGAAGCGGGAGUCCGUGGCCCGCAUGAGCAUCCGGGCUGCGUCCAACCUGCUGAGAGGUCGGAGCGGCUUUGCCGGCUCGCAGGCUGGCCGCAGUUUUCCCAGGCGGAGCUUUGUGCGGCCCAGCUGGAUGGACGAGGACACGGUCGAUUCAGCCGACGCGUCUGUGUCACUCUUCUUCAGCAAGGUUGAUGCACAUGAUGAGUUGUACUCAAUGGCUGAUGAUGUAUUUGAAUCGCCACCCAUGUCUGCCUCUUUUCUUCCCUGUGAGCAGAAUGACCACAAGGCCUCCAGCCUGAUGGACAUAUCUCGACAAAUCCACGUGACGCCAUCGGCGGGGCCUGAAAAGGGUCACCCUCGUCGUGGCCGCCGCAUCGCUUCCCAAGUUAAGCACUUUGCAUUUGACAAACAAAAGCGUCAGUACGGUAUGGGCGUGGUGGGGAAAUGGCUGAACCGGAACUAUCGACGCAGCCUCAGCAGCAACAUCCAGAAGCAGUUAGAUGACUUCCACAGCCACAGGCCCUACUUCACCUACUGGAUUACAUUUGUCCAUAUACUUAUCACGUUGCUGGCCUGCUGCACAUAUGGCUUUGCCCCUGUGGGAUUUUCACAACAUUCCACAUCUGAAUUAGUGCUGAAAAACAAAGGUGUUUAUGAAAGUGUCAAGUUCAUCCAACAAGAGAACUUCUGGAUUGGACCUAGCUCUGAAGAUCUUAUUCACUUGGGUGCCAAGUUUGCCCCCUGCAUCCGACAGGACUUCCAGAUAGUCAACCUGAUCCAGAAGGCAAAAGAUCUGGAAAGAGAAUCUGGCUGCUGCAUUCAGAAUGACAACUCUGGAUGUGUGCAGACACUUAGCACUGACUGCUCUGAAACUCUGGCCACCUUCAUGAAAUGGAACAAGGAAAAUGUAGACACAGUGAAGUCUUCUCGAGCUGUUUGUCAUCAAGAUCCCAGAGUGUGUGAAGAGCCCGCCUCUACAGAUCUUCAUACGUGGCCAGAUGACAUCACCCAGUGGCCGAUAUGCACGCAUCCCAAGAAGUGGAACAACACAGGCUACAAACACAUGGACUGCAAUAUUAAGGGGCGGCCUUGCUGCAUAGGAACAAAGGGCAGAUGCGAGAUCACAACCAGAGAAUAUUGCACUUUCAUGCAUGGUUACUUCCACGAAGAGGCCACGCUCUGCUCCCAGGUCCAUUGUCUUGAUGAGGUGUGUGGCUUGCUCCCCUUUCUCAAUCCCGAUGUUCCAGAUCAGUUCUACCGCCUGUGGCUCUCCCUUUUCCUCCAUGCUGGACUCUUGCACUGCCUUGUGUCCAUCAUCUUCCAAAUGACCAUACUGAGAGACCUGGAGAAGCUGGCAGGCUGGGUCCGCAUCUCCAUCAUUUACGUCCUCAGUGGCAUCACUGGUAACCUUGCUUCUGCCUUAUUCCUGCCUUAUAGAGCUGAGGUUGGUCCCGCAGGGUCCCAGUUCGGUCUCCUCGCUUGCCUUUUCGUCGAGCUUUUCCAAGGCUGGCAGAUUCUGGAAAACCCCUGGAGGGCCUUCUUCAAACUGCUGGCCAUCGUCCUCUUCCUUUUCCUGUGCGGCCUUCUCCCCUGGAUCGACAACAUCGCGCACAUAUUCGGCUUCCUCAGCGGGCUGCUGCUCUCCUUUGCCUUCCUGCCUUACAUCACCUUCGGGACCUUCGACAAAUACCGCAAACGCAUCCUCAUCGCUUUCUCCUUGUUGGCCUACGUUGGGUUGUUCGCCUCGCUCAUCGUGUGGUUUUAUAUUUACCCCAUCAACUGGCACUGGUUAGAGCAUCUCACCUGCCUGCCCUUUACUAGCAAGUUUUGCGAGAAAUACGAUAUAGACCACGACAUUAAUGACGUGGUGCACUAGUCUUAAUGCUACUUGUGACUUCUGUGAUCAUAACGGUGUCCUGAUCCACCACCUUAAAGACGGUGAUGGGAUCAGUUGCUUCCAGGUCAAAUGUGGCCUUCUAAGAAUUUGCCAGUCAUGUUUUUUUGUUUUCACACUGGUGACCCGUCCAGGUGGAACCCAAACUCUCACCCGUUGUCAAUGGGAAUAGGCUCCACCCCCCUGCGACCCUCUGGGAAUAAGUGGAAUAGAGAUAAUGGAUGGAUUUUUUUCACAUGAUCAUUCCCUCAUAAAUGAUAAUGCUCAAAGCCCAUGUGAAUGACUCUUGAUCCUUUUCCGCUAAACUGUCUGCUGAGUUACUCCAUAAAACCUGUUUAUCCUUUCAAAUCCUCAUCCAAGACACGUUUAUUUGCUGACCAGCAAGCAAAUCCUCUGAAUCUGACAACAGAAAAAAAAGGAGCCUCAGUGCUAAAACGGUUAAGAUCUGAAUGACAUUCAACGAUUAUUUUGUACAAGAGAUUGUUAAAGUCCUACGGUUAGAAAGGAAGAUCGAUCUAAAGACACUUAUUCAAAGAGGACAAUCUGGACACCUCUAACCCACAGAUAUUUCCUUUUAGGAUUACAGGCAAUAAUCGGGUGACAGAAAAAAGGGCCGACUGAUGCCGUGGUGGGUCAGUCAGUUGAGAAAUAGGACAUGCUUCCAAGUGAUUCUUUUUUUCAGUCGUUUCAUUUAACACUACCGAAAAGCUGCCAUUCAUUUAUUCAGCUUCUGUUUUUUUUGUUGAUGUUUUUUUUCUCUCCAUUUUUAUGUUUUUUUUUCUUUGAAUGGAUAUAAGGUACAUCCCAUGUCAAUGGUCUUUGGAGCAGGGAAGUGCAAAUUGAAAGGUUUGUUCCAAGUAUUACACUGCAUCUUGAAUAGAUAAAGUAAUAUAUACUGUAAGUGGUUAAGGAAGAUAGGUUAUGUCUGGAACUACUAGAUUUCUUUUACAGAUUAUACCAAUGAGCAAAUAUGCCUCAUACAAUAGGUGCGAACUGCCCAGAUUAAUUUGUGAACCACAAAAAAAGAUUUGUGAACCCACACCACCAAAGCAACUGAACAUGCUGCUUUACAUACACAGAGUAGCACGUAGCGCAGUUUUCCACUUGAAAUGUCUUUUCAUAUUUGGUACUACAGUACAUAAACAUGCUUUUUUUUUUUUGCAUGUUUUCUCCGAUUUCUCCUUGUUUUGUCUUUUUUUCCCCCGGCAAUAUAAGCAGGUCCUAUAUAUAAUCUAAUCGUUGAUUGGAGAAAAAAAAAAAUCGCACGUGCUUUCCUUGAAUAGUUUUUAAGGAUUCCGGAAUGUGUUGACCCCAGCUAUUAGGAAAGACACAGUAAUGCUGUGUGGUGGAUUAUGUGAGUUUAUUCUGUUAUCCGGUCAGUGGGGUUAACUCACUAAUCAUCUAGCAUUUAUGAAAACACGAACUCAAACGUAAUAAUUGGAUAAUUAAUAAGUAUUUUAUAUCGUUUUAACACCUCUGUUUGGACUGUGGAAGCCAUAGGAUUGUAAAUCAGUGGACAGUGUGAAAAACUAUCCGCCCAUUUUUCUUUCUAGAAACUAUUUUACUGUGCCUUUUGACAUGUGAGCAUAUGACAAUUUUAAUAAGUCCAUAUAACCCUUGACCUCCAUCGUACAGCACUAAACGUUAAACUAGUGUGUUUGCAUUGUGACCAAAUAAUGAACUCUUUUCUAUUUAUUUAAGUGGGAAAGUUUAGAAUAAACGUCCGGAAAUCUUCAUGGUACUGUUAUGUGUUAAUUUAGUUUUCUAUGUGAUAUGAUGGCAAAUGAAAGAAGUCAUUUUGAAAUAAAUGCCAACCUGUCAAAAAAA